AAUCCAAGAUACGUACUGUAUCCACUCUCUUCCAACUGCACAUACACAUGCGCCCACACAAAGGCAUGCGUAUGUUCCUAAGCAUAGCACCGAUCCAUUAUCAUAAAAGCGUUUAUUUACUCUGUCUCCUUGCUGUGCCAGUGCACCGAUGAUACACUCACUCAAUAUGUCUGUGCUACAGCUGCUGGGAGGAUCCAAGGACAAACCUUGUGUAGUUCGUUGUACGUCACGUACGAACGAACGAGCUCUCGCCCUCAUCUCAUCCCUCCUCAUCUGUCGCAACUACAUCCUCUUCACCCAUCCCUAUUCUUUGUUCCUCACUCGAAAUAGUCUCUUUCAGCGUGGACGUGUUAGACCCAACAUUAUCCUCGGCUGCCAAUAUCUCGCAGGAUGAAAACUCCCUUUGGCUGCCUCCUUUUUUUUACAACACUAACGCUGAGCGUGGCCGUGGCCAGAGCCGCCGAGAGCCAUCUUCCACGCGGCGUCUCACCAGCAAACGCACACCUUUAUGUGCCUGACAGCUCUACACACUGGAGGUGCCUGGACGGAUCGAAAAAGAUUCCUUUUUCGGCCCUCAACGAUGACUACUGCGAUUGCAAGGACGGUUCUGACGAACCAGGCACUUCGGCCUGCGGAACAGGAUAUUUUCAUUGCGCAAACAUCGGUCAUGUCGGCUCUAACAUUAAGACCUCGAGAGUCAACGACGGUGUUUGUGAUCCAGAAUGUUGCGAUGGCAGCGACGAGUUCAAUGGACAGAUUGACUGCCCUGACACUUGCAAAGAAGUCGGAGCAAAGGCGAAGGAGGAGCAGGAGAGGGUAAGAGAGGUCCAGGAACAAGGAAGUCAGCUGCGGAAACAGUAUAUUGCGCAUGGAAAGUCUGCCAAAACCAAGCUGCGUGAGGAGCUUGAGCAAUUAAAGGCAAAGACAGAACGUCUUCAGAAGGCGGCUUCAGAUGCCAAAGAUAAGCUGGAUAAGAUGACCGAAAAGCAGGAGCAGUUCUUGGAAGGCACCAAAAACGAACGCGAGGCCGCUCGCAAAGUACAGCUGGCGCCCUUAAUCGAGGAGCAGUCUCGGCGAUUGAGGCACGCUCAGGAGACCAAAGACCAUCUGUUCAGAACGCUGCAGAAUCUCAAGGAAAAGUACAACAAGAACUAUCACGACCUGGCUGUCAAGAACACUGUAUCUGGAUUUGAGGAUUUUGUAUCGGGCCUUGGUGAGGAGCCCAUUUUUAAGGAGGAAAAGUCUGCCGUUGAAGAGAGCAAUGAGGAUGAUAUCGGUAUUUCUGGGGACGAUCGACUCAAGGCUUUGACGGACGAUACAAACAUCGUCUUGCGGGAGAUUGGUACGUUGUACGAUCUUCUCAAUGGGAUGAAGCAUGAAUACAAUACAGAAUACAACGAUGAGGCGGUCUUGGCAGCCGUCAAGGUUACGGAGAACUUUGAGCCCCUAUGGAACUCCGGUCUGCAAGAGUUCCAGGAUGAAGUCUCGCUCGAGAUCCCAGAUGAAGAAUCGGACGACUCUCCGGCGGCGGAAAGGUUGAAAGAAGAGACGGACAUUGCUCGGGCAGAAUACGAUGCGGCAUCGGAAGAGGAGAGAUCAGCCAAUGAUCGUAUUUCGGACAUCAACCGCAAACUAGAAAUGGACCUUGGCAGCGACGAAACAUUUGCUCAGCUGCUUGACCAAUGCUUCGAAUACAAGGAUAUCGAAUACACAUAUUCAGUUUGUUUAUUUGGAGAUGCUAACCAAAAGUCGCAUGCAACGACAUUUCUUGGAAAAUUCUCUCGUUGGGAAGGCGACAACUACGAUACCCAAAUCUACACUGGUGGAACACAGUGUUGGAAUGGUCCUGAACGAUCUGUCAAGUUGGUGAUGAGCUGCGGGGCCGAUAACCAGAUCAUUUCUGUUUCUGAGCCAGCCAAGUGUGAAUAUCUUUUCAAGUUAAAGACUCCUGCUGUUUGCCCGGUGCUUCCUGACCUAAUUGAAGCGGAAAUGGCUGCUACCACGCUCAAGGAAAGGAGCGGCACUAAAGAGCACGACGAACUGUGAAGAUAAUAGAGAGUUUUCGCCAACCAAGAUUUACAUCAAGAUUUUCAUCAGAGGGCCGGGUUGAAACCUUAACUGCCCUCGGUAAAAUCCUUGAUGAAAACAGCUUAAUGUAUUUUUUCAUCAAGGAAAAUAAAAUACUCGAGUCAAUUUAAACGCCUG